UUGAUAGCUCGCACUCAAAUUCCUUACAAGGAUAUCGAUCAUAUAAUAUGUGGAACUGUGAUCCAAGAGUGCAAGACAAGCAAUGUUGCAAGAGAAGCUGCUCUUCAGGCUGGAAUCCCCGAUAAGAUUCCUGCUCAUACUGUCACAUUGGCUUGUAUCUCUUCGAAUGUAGCGAUGACAACCGGCAUGGGUAUGCUCGCUACUGGAAACGCUAAAGCAAUCAUCGCUGGGGGUGUGGAGCUGCUCUCUGAUGUCCCAAUCAGGUACAAUAGAAAGGCUCGUAAAGCUAUGUUAGGGAUGCAAAAGGCAAAAACUGCCGGAGACAAGCUUAAGAUAGGAGCGGAUAUUCUGAAGAAACAUGUUUGCACCCGAAUUACCUGCCGUGGCUGA